GUAAGCUUGGUUUAUUGGAUGAGGACCUUUUGGAGAGUUUGGAUGGUAUGGGGGUGUCACUAGCGGGAGGACAGCCGCCGCGAGGGAAGACGCGUGCGAAUAGUGUGACGGAUGAGAGCAGUAGUACUGGGGGUGCGAGUGGUCGGGGGACUGCGAGUACUAGUAGCCUGCAUAAGAAGACGCAGUACCAUAAAACUAAGUUGUGUCCAUGGCACAAGGAGGGAAAGUGCUUCAUGGGGAGUGUGUGUAAUUAUGCCCAUAGCCGUGAGGAACUGCGGCCGAAGCCGGAUCUUAGCAAGACCAAGUUGUGUCCGGAAAUUGUUAAACACAAGCGUUGCGACCGACCGGGCUGCCGGUUUGCACACGACUUUGUAGAACUGAGGGCCACCAGCACCUUCUUCAAGACGAGACUUUGUAAAUUCUGGCAAAGAGGGUACUGUCCCGCCGGCCAAGACUGCCGUCAUGCACACGGCAGAGAAGAUCUGAGAGCGCUAGAGGCCGAACAGUCCAGCGUCGACGACCAAAGCAGCCUAGACGAAUUCCCCACCGACUCUAUGCCCACGAGUGCCACGGGCGCAGGUGCUAUGCAUACAGGUGCUAUGCACGCUGGCGCUAUCCGCACUGGUGCUACGCACAUUGGUACCUGUACAAGUGUGAGUGGCACGGGCGUGAGUGGCACGGGCGUGAGUGGCACGGGCGUGAGUGGCACGGGCGUGAGUGGCACGGGCGUGAGUGGCACGGGCGUGAGUGUUAUGAACCCGAAGACUGGGUCGCAUCCGAGUUUGAGACACAUGGAAAAUAACACUGGCGGAGAAGACCGACGACAAGGAGGUUUUGGAGCCAGCCAGGCGUUUGGAGCUGUCUCUAUGGGAAUGACCGGAGUAGGGGGAAUGACUGGA